UCAUUUGAGUCGGACGCGCUGUUGAACCGAGCUCUCCUAUCAAUCUCAUCAAUCUAAAGUGCUUCCUUUCGGUGAAGUGAAUUGUGACACGGUUCGCGAUGUGAAUUGUGAAGCCUUUUCACAGCAGGGGCAACCCCCCUGACACCUAUAGACCCAAGUGAAAUAAACUUUGACAAACAUUAUGGUAUUUUAUUAUACCCAUUUUAACAAAAAGACAGGACAUUGUCUUCGUUGUUUCUUUGAAUGUGUUCAUGGCACUAAAGUUUACAGAUGUAAUAUCUGUUUAAAAGACGUUUCAAAAGCAAUCUGCCAACAUGGAAUAAUAUGGAACCAGUGUCAAUUAUGUUCUAAUCUUUUUAAACAAAAAGGACUUAAUUCAGAAUGUGUUCUUUUAAGACCCAAAACUGAACCUCCAACCCCCGAAAGUAGCAGUGCUAAUAAUGCAGUAACAAAAUCUCCAAAUUCAGAGGAAAAAACUACGAGUGCUUCAGAAGUAAAUAUGGAUUUAGAUAAUUAGCAAUCUUCCAAAGAAACAACAACUCUGGAAACAAAUACACAACCUUCAUCUCUGGACCAAUCAGGAUGGCGUAUUGUCACUAGUAAAAGGAAAAAGUGUAUAUCUACAGACUCGCCUAAUAAAAACAACAAUCCGCCUAAAAAAGUGCAACGUACUCAGAAUGUGAAGAGGAAAAUAGUUUUCUCAGCCUCAAAUAAUGCUGUAAUUAAUAACAGUGAAAACUCCCAUUCCAAAAACCAAUUUCAAGUGUUGCAAACAACCCAACAUGAGGAAAAAAUCCAAACGAAACCCUUUCUCCCCCUCCACUUUUUGUAUCAGAGGAAAAUCGAGGAAUCGAAAUGGUGACCGUGCAUCCUCUGAUAAAGUUCUGUGGGCGGAGGAAAACAACUAUAUCAACUAUGGGGAAGAAGACCAGAUGAAUAACUACGAAGGCCACAUAAUUUCUCACUUUGUGAAAGAUGUAAAACUUAUUUCAAUCCACGACUUGAGCUCAGACAGCACCAAGGAUAAAGAUCGCAUCAGCGGACUUGAUAUUCAGGCGCUUGUUCAACUUCAGAGCAACCUACGAAGUAAAAAAUUAAAAGCUUUUUUGUUCGAUGGAUCAAGAAAAGCCCGAGAAUUUCCAAAAAUAAACUCUCUAAGAAACCUUGACAGAUAUGUUUUUCUGAAACUUCACGUAAUUUGGCACUCGGAAUCAAUUAUGGUCUCCACAAAAAUUAGAAUUUCAGUCUUUCACCAAGCAGGCAGAAAUUAUGAAACCGGGUAAAAUCUCAUUUCAGUCCCUCUGCUUUUUUGUCUUUAUUUUAUAUAAGUGUUCCCCCAAACUAUUUCAAACUCCAUGAAAAUGUGUUGCGCAUGCAAUGAAUUUUCAUAAAAAAAACCCCCCCUCAAAUUGUCAGGAAAUCUCUAAAGAAGGGCAAAUUUUGGGAAGAAAAUCUGAAAAAUAUAAAAAUUUCUGCCGGCUAGUUUCUUUAUUUCCCUGGUGGAUUUUUGUAUCGAAUACAUUCAAUUUUAUUUUAGGUGUUACAUCGAUAUGAGUUGUAAAAAAUCUGUUUUGGUGCCAAAGGAACUCAUAUUUCUUUCAAAACUAAGCCAUAUACCAAAAUCGGGACUGAGUUGAGAGGAAAUGAGUGAGAUAGAGAGAUAGAUUUGGAUCGCAUUUUGCAAUUCGGAACUAUAGGCAGUACGGUAGGUUUUCAGGAGAGCAACCUUUGCAAAAACCAUUGGCGUUUUUCCUCAAAACGAUCGAUGUUGCGGUUUGAUGGUUCAUUUUAUAGCUAUUGAGUUCCUUUAACACCUUGUGUUGACAGAUUCUUCGAAAACUUCACACUCUUGCCAAAAAUUACAAAAAAAGGCUAUAGUUCCUAUUGCAAAAUGAAGAAUCCGGGGAAGCUCAUUUUGCAAUUAGGAACCAUAGAUUGUUUAGCACUGACUGCAUAGGGGAGACGACCCUGGUGUCACUUUUACACACUGGAGGGAACACAUCCAACACACACACACAUUCCAACAGAGAAAACACCCCUUCCUCCCAUCAUACCAAAAAGGGGGGAGGUGCAUUGUCCCUACGGAAAGAUAUUCUACCAAAAACAAGGUGUACCAAAAAUAUGGAUACCUAUAGACACGCUAAUAUUUCGAGAAUGGUGGCAAAUAUUAACAUGCAAUUUGGAC